AUGAGCAAACCUCGCGAAAUCACAGGACGGAGAGACUCUAUUGCCAAACUAACACGUUCUCUGUUCAACUCCAGACAAAACUCCCCUCGUUCAUACUCGGCAUCCAACCUGUUCCAGAGAAAUGCUCUUUUCUUAAACCCGAACGGAACUCCAAUCUCACUGCUUUCGUCAGAAGAUGUCAUUGAGGAUUCGAGCAACGGAGGACGUGGAAACAGUCCUACUGAGCCAGAUAAUGAUGAACCAAACUUGGCUCUGGGUAUGACUGAUCCCAAAGUGCUUGAAAACGUUGCUAAACAUCUUAAAACUUCAGAGCGUGAUGGCCUUGCUGCUGAAGGUGGUGAUAUAACUAGAGCAAUUUACAAAUUGGGCAACGAGAAUGCAAAACCAAACCUUAAGAGGUCGAAGUCUGAUCCACUGAUUGAAGCUCGUUCUAGGAGAGGCUCUUGUGCCUCUAGUUUGAACGUGCCUGGCGGAUUCCGUAGACAGUUUGUUUUGAACAGGAACAAGAGGACACCCAGUUUGGUAACCAGGAACUUUGUGGAAUUUUUGAGCAUCUAUGGUCAUUUUGCUGGUGAAAAUUUAGAAGAUGAUGACGACGUUGCAUGUCACUACGAGCCUUAUACCCCGUUUGGUGAAGAUACCCCACUCUUACCAGCUGACAUCAAUCCAAACGGUACUGCUUCCGACAAGAAGGCUUACUUUUUGCUUUUAAAGGCCUUUGUGGGCACUGGAGUUUUAUUUUUGCCUAAGGCUUUCUCCAGUGGAGGUCUCCUAUUCUCAGCAUUGACGUUGUUCUUCUUUGGUCUACUUUCGUUCUGGUGCUACUACAUCUUGGUACAGUCGAAGGUUGCCACAAAGGUGACUGGGUUUGCAGAGAUUGGUUUGAAGACGUAUGGUGUCACACUUCAAAGGUUAAUUCUUUUCCUGAUAAUCAUAUCUCAGGUUGGAUUUGUCGCUGCUUACAUUGUUUUCACAGCCGAAAACUUGAGAGCCUUUGUUGUAAACGUAUCCUCCUAUAAAACAGAAGAUAUUGAUAUCUUCUGGUUCGUUGUUUUUCAAGCUAUUGUCUUAGCGCCGCUUUCUUUAAUUAGAGACAUCACUCGUCUCUCACUUUCGGCGCUUGUGGCUAACGUUUUCAUCUUUGCUGGUUUGGUGACCAUCUUGUACUACACCAUAAGGCAAUUUCAACAGAACAACUUUGUUCCAGGAGAGGGAAUUUACUAUUUCUUCAACAAGUCGGAAUCAUCGUUGUUCAUUGGUGUUGCUAUUUUUGCAUUUGAAGGUAUAGGUCUUAUCAUUCCUAUCCAAGAGUCGAUGAUCUACCCCAAGAACUUUCCAAAAGUUUUGUUUUCUGUGAUCAUGACCAUUUCGUCGAUUUUUGUCUUUAUCGGCUCAAUUGGCUAUCUCACGUACGGAAAGGAUAUCCACACCGUUAUCCUCCUUAAUCUUCCUCAAGGAUCACCUACAGUUAUCAUGACACAAGUACUUUACGCAUGUGCCAUUCUUUUGUCGACACCAAUUCAAAUCUUCCCGGCAGUUCGUCUAAUUGAGCUGAAAUGUUUCCUGCCACAUAAGUCAGGAAGAAACUCGUCAAGAGUGAAGUGGCAGAAAAACUUGCUUCGUUGUACCUUCGUUUUCACGACAGCCACUAUUGCAUUAUACGGAGGUAAAAACUUAGAUAAGUUUGUUUCAUUUGUCGGUUGCUUCGCUUGCAUCCCAUUAGUGUACAUGUACCCGCCAAUGUUGCACCUUAAAACCUGUUGCCAACAGGAAUGUGAUGAUUGUUUCUCUGUUAAACCAGAUCCUCACGCUACAAAGAAGAAAUGGUUAGCACGUCUCGAUUAUGCACUUAUUGCCCUUGGAUCGUUAGCCGUUGUUUACACAACCUACGAUAUCUUGGCUCAUUAA